AUGGCCGAAACUCUGUUAGAAGCUCAAUUUCAAGAAGAAAAGGAUAUUCUGAAGAAUCUCAAGAAACAUGCGAAUUUUUGGAUUCUGUCCCCAAAUCAACAGAAGAAUUCGGAAAAUAGUGGAAGUUAUUUGAUGCCGCUGGUUUUGUUGUAUAUUGUAAGAAAAGAUGAAAUUCUGGAAUUUUUUUUUCCACAAAAAAAGCUUGACAAGCUCUGGAACAGGCCUGUGCCGGAAAUUUUCCGAUUUUCCGGAAAAUUUGCUCGGAAAAUUCACAAUUUUGCCUAAAUUUUGGGAAAUUUUCUCAGUAUAUGAUAGAAAAAAUGAAAUUUUUGGAAUUUUUUUUUCAAUGUUUCAAAUUUUACCAUUUUUUGAACGUAAAACAUCUCAAAGGUGAAUUGUAAAUAAAAAUAAGUUUUAGUGCCAACUUAAGGCUGAAAAUUGAAAUUUAAGACUUUGAAAAAUUUUCCGAAUUUUCCGGUUCAAAAAAUCCGGAAAUUUUCCGACUUUCCGUUUUCCGGGUCUUGAUUUUCCGGCACAGGAGACUUUUUGGACCAGCUCCGAAUUUUUUGACGGAAAAAUCCCCGAUAAAACAGAUUUUCGGUCUGAUUUAGGCCCCAAGUUUCAGGCCGCUGGGUCCUCAAAUCCAAACAAAAUCUCCUUCCAGCUAAUCGACAUCAUCCAAUUCCUCCCCCAUCUCGAAAUCCAUUUCGACAUCUAUUUCUUCCUCAAUCUCUGGUAUUCCCUAAGCCGCAUCCUAAUCAUUCUCCUCUUCGGAAUCCCCCUCGAAAUCGCUCACGGAACCAUCAAAAUCUACAUCUUUUUCACCAUCUCCUUCUUCUAUUCUCAAUACAUCCAACAACUUCUCAAACCUCUUCGAUUUGUGAUAGAUAUCGAACCAGCUUGUUAUGCUCUACUAGUGCUACAUCUCACAAAUCUCAUUCAGAAUUGGUCAACAUUCUCCCACAAAUACCCGCGACUCUGCCUAAUUCUCUGCUGCCUUUUCCCUCUGGAACUCUACGAUGUCUACCACAAAAUCUCCAAAAACGCGCUUCGCGAAAAGACUCUAUAUUCAAACUUGCUCCCUGUCUGGAUGUCUCUCCGGAUUUCUUCUCUCCUAUUUUUGGAUCUAUAACCACAAGAAUCAACCAAACUUUCUAGUAAUUAUCGUUUUUCUAACUUUAUAUUUGUUAUUGGCAAAGUUUUCAGGAAUUCAUAUAGAAUGAUACAUUUGAUAAACAAUAUGUUUCUGUACUUUUGAUAAAUAAUCAAAUAAACAUUUCAUUUUUGACUUGAACUAACUAACAAUGACUGAAAUCGAUGUUGAAACUGGUUUCAGGUAUAGUUGGACAUGUUUUUAAGCAAACGAGUUGAAAUAUUGGGUUCUAACUUUAUUCAUAUGGUAGAAUGGUCUAAGACGAACUGAAUGAUAUAAAUUUUGAUGACUUUACGUUAUCCAUAAGUGAUUUAGCGAGGUUUAGUCUCUAAGCCGCUAAAUCCCUUAUGGAUAACGUAAAGUCAUCAAAAUUUAUAUCAUUCUGUUCGUCUUAGACCAUUCUAUCAUAUGAAUAACAUUAGAACCCAAUAUUUCAACUCAUUUGCUUAAAAAACCUGAAAAUCUCAUUUAGUCGAUAUAGUUUCAGGCCAAAAAUCAAGAAUAUCUAUGCGAAAUGUGGCGAAUUCUACAAAAACCAUGCUCAAGAACACGUGGAAAAAUGGGAGCCAAUUAUCAAGAAGAAUUUGUCAGGCGCAGUUCUCAGUUCCGAUCAACAGAUUCACGCCUUCAAUUCUCGACCAUACUUCAUGGUUUUAGUCACAAUUUAUCAGGUAUUAUAAAGUUAAAAAAAAAUGGAAACGCGAAAAAAAUUAUUUUGAAAAAAAUUAUAUACCAUAGUUCUUUCCCCUCUCGUUUAUUUUUGCCGCGACGAGACACACAUCAGUCAAAAAUCGAUGCGCCUUUAAUUCACAACGGAAAAGAGGCGUUUUUGAUGUGUUUUGUAGGCUAUUACUGGUCAAAACGAGAAAUUCAACAUUAAAUAAAAUGAGAAAAGUGAAUUAGAACUAAUUUAGAGAUGAGUUUCCUCGAUUUUCGUAAUUUAUUACCGAAAAAUAGGUUUUUCCUCAAUAAAACACUUGAAACUCGUUUUUUAUAGUGUUUCUUGGUUUAAACAGGGUUAGACCAUCACCAUUCUUCGAUUUGUUAUCAAUUUGUUUGAUUUCUGUCUUUUUUUUCAUGUAGAAACAUCGAAAAUCGCGAAAAUCAGGAAAUAAAAAAGAAAAAACACCGUAGUUUUCGAAAGGCGCAGCUGAAACACACACAUGGUCUCGCCGCGACGAAAAUAAACGAGAGGAGGAAAGAACUACGGUAUAUAUUAUUUUUCAAAAUAAUUUUUUUCGCGUUUCCAUUUUUUUUAACUUUAUAAUAUGUUUCGAAUACGAGCGAAAACGAUGUAAUAAUCAUUUUCAGACUAUAUUUUUCUUUGAAAAUUAUCAUAUCUAUGAUUUUGUGUGCAAUAUUCACAACGAAACUUGGUGGUCAAUAUUGAUGAGGGCUCAAGGUCUCGGGCUAAUCAUUUACCCAUUAGUUCUCGGAAUUCCAUUAGAAGUUGCUCACGGAACAUUACAAAUCGGUAUAUUUUACAUCAUUUCAAUCAUUUAUACUUCGUUACUUCGAGAAAUUCUCACUGAACAUCCAUUUUUCUUCGACAUUCUUCCAGCAACAUUUUCGUUAUUGAGUUUAUACGCAAUUAAUAUCAUUUUGGUGAGAUUACAGAAUUAGGUGCAGGCUAGGCUAAUGUAGUUUUUUUGUUAGAACUGGAGAAACUUUUCAUACUUAAUAGCUCGAGUAGCGCUUAUACUAAUCUUGGCAUUACCAUUUGAAUUUUACGAAGUUUAUCAUUUAAUCACUGGUAAACAAUCAAUGGACUUUCUUUAUGUUUACACUUGUGAUCUCGGUGGUUGUUUAAUCGGAGCUCUUCUCGGAUAUUUCUGGAUCUAUCGUAAAAAGCAGACACAAACCGACGCGACAAUUCCAAUCAUUAAUUAUUUCAUAUUUUUCGGAAGUUUGAUAGCAUUCAUUUUAAUUGCUAAAUUCUCCGGUAUUCAUGAUUGA